AUGGCAUUAAUGUAUGUAUUAAGUCAGAAAGGUAAAAAUUUAUUAGUACACAAUAAUUUUAUACAUCGAAAAGAAAAGACCACUAAUGAAAAAAUAAUUUGGAAAUGUAAUGAAUAUAAGAAAUUAAAUUGCCGUGGUCGUGUUCACACAAUAGGGGAAAGUGUCGUUAAAUACAUUGAUCAUACCCAUGUACCAGAUAUUACGAAAAUUAAAUGUAAAGAAUUUGUCAAUGAAGUAAAAGAAAUUGCUAUAACUUCACAAUUAACUACACAUGCUGUUCUUGGAGUAGUUACAGCUAAAACUGAUAUUAAUAUUGCUAGUCAACUUCCACCAAUCAACCAAUUAAAACGUAUAGUACAACGUACAAGAAAACAAAUCAGUUCAGCACCACCUAAUCCAGCAACAUUAUCUGAUCUAAGUAUUCCAGACGAGUAUAAAAAAUCUGUAAGUGGUGAACCGUUUUUAUUAUACGAUAGCUUUUUGGAGAAUGUUGAUAAUAAACGAAUUUUAUUGUUUUCAACGUUAAAAAAUUUAGAACUAUUACAGAAUAGUUAUUAUUGGUUUGCCGAUGGCACAUUUUCAUGCACUCCAAAAUUAUUUACUCAACUUUACACUAUUCAUAGCAUUAUAGAUAAAAAUGUGAUACCAUUAGUUUACGUUCUUUUGCCCGAUAAAUCCGAAGAUACAUAUCGCCGAAUGUUUGUAGCAUUAAAUUCGAUUAAAUCUAAUCUGAAUCCAAAACUUUUCAUGUUAGAACACGAAAAAUCCACGCACAAACAAUGCAAUAGAAGGUUGGCAUAA